AUGGGUGAGCACGAAGCGGACCCGUACGCGCCGUUUAUCAAAGUCCCUCCGCAGGAUAAGAACAUCGGCCACUCCGAUGUUCCCCGCGUGUCACUUUCUCGAAGGACACGGGGAACCCUGUCUACGGGGCGACCGAUGGAUUCGCGGGACAGGGUCGUCUUUAUUCUCCGACGAGAGGAAGAUGGAUAG